AUGUAAAGUUUUGUAAAUCUUAUCUAACUGGAAGAGAACUAUAACUUAAGUCUUUUGUCUUAUUCAAACUCUAUAAGGUAGUAUCUAUUAGAUAACAAAGUGCACGAAGAUAAAUACAUAUAGCUCAUGAAAGACAUCAAAGAUUUGUUUUCGUCUCCUACUUUUUUGAUGCCAAAUUUCUCUGACAAAAGAAAAUAAUUUUUCUCAUAAUUAUGCUUAAUUGCUUUUGAUUUUGCUAAUAAUUAAGUUACUGAAUAAUAAUCUUUGAGUGAAUUUAGAAAAAAAUUCAAAUUUCCUUUUGUAAUAAUUGCUAUUAUUUACACUAAACUUUUAGAGAUAAAAGAAGCCUUACCUGAAGAUUUCUUAACUCUAGUGGAUUGUCACUUCAAAAAUAAAGGUCCUUAAAGUAUAUUUGCCUCUUUGACAUUGAUUUCUUUAUUUUUGAAUGAAGUAGAUUAAUAUGAAAUAGAUUGUGACCAUAUUGAAUCUUCAAAUACAUUAAGUAGUUGUAGCGAGGCUGCAGAGUCUAAUAUUCCUAAAAAGGUCAAUAUAACUGUAAAGACAGUCUAAAAUUUCUUUGAUAAAUAAGGAUUAUAGAUGAUAGCAUUUCCCUUAAAUGUUAUCAAAAAUAUUCACUGUGUAGCACAUGAUCAAUAGAGUAUUAUCCAGCUAUUGCUAAAAAUAGUUGUGAUAAUAAUUAAAAACAUGAGUAACAAAAUCAAAUAAGAGUUUUUUUAUUUUCAUUAGAAGGAUUUAAAUGUGAUUCUUUCAUGUUUUAUAGGCUUUUUGUAGUAAAAUAACUAGGCUAGAGAAGAUCGCGAUGUAGCUUUAGCAAAUAUUUUUGAAUUUUGCGAAUUGCUAGCUAAAUCUACUUCACCUGCUUAAUUAUACGUUGCGUUUAAAGAUUUUUUAGUUUAUAUUUCAUAGAAUUUUUCAUUUGCUAAUGAUAGUAUAGAAUACUUUGACUUCAAUUCUAAGUGUGUGGAUUUUUUAGUUUCUAUUACUCCAUGCUUUAUUUAAUAGUCUGAGAAUUUAUCUGCAUAUCCUUUAAUAAUAUAGUUAUUGAAGUAAUCUGCUAAAAUAAAUCUUGUGAAUUUAGAGGAUUAGAUAGGCUGCUUGCAUAUAUGGAGCCAUUAUUCUGACUAGUUCAUUCAGGCUUACGAUAAUAAUAAUAAUUCAAUAAAAGCUGAAACAAUUAAUAACUUAGCUAUUCUGAAUUCUACUUUUAUUGAAUCUCUACAAUUUGAUAUAGAGCUAUUAUUUAAUUUGUAGAUAAAAGAUCAUGAUUCUGAAGAUGUUAAUUAAUUUGUGGACCAACUAUCCCGCUUAGUUAUUCAUUCUAAUCUCAUUGAUAACCAAUUAUUUGUAGAAGUAAUAAAAUCUUUGAGUCUACUUUAUUAGAAAAAUAUGCUCCUUUAUUAUACUUUCCAAAAAUGUUUGAUGAAGUAGUACCUUAAUUCUAAAGAUACUCUCAGCUAAAUUUACUAAGUUUUUGGCAAGAGUAAUGAUUUUCUUUAGAUUACAGAAUUGUUAUUUGAAUCUUUUAGUUAAGCACAAAAAUAAUUUGCAAAUUUAGAUCUAAAUACCAUAGCUGCUAUUGAAAAAUUUACAUAGUUCAUGUCUUAAAUAGGUGCAAAGCUGUUUAAUACUUAAAUAUCUCAUCUUGAGUAGUCUUAAAUUUUGGGAAUAUUUCAAAAAUAUAUUUUGAACCCAAUUAAAAUGUUUAAUUUAAAUAUAUUUUCUUAAUUACCUGAAAAUUUUAUACAGCUUAAUGAAGUUUAAUUUAGUCAAGUCUGCACAAUGAUGGAGUCAGUUCAUUACUUUAUUUUCUCUGACAAUAAAAGCAAUUCAGAUUAAGUUUUUGAGACAGAGGUUGAUGUUUCUAUGAUAAAAAAGAUAUUGUUAUUCAAUUAAUCAGUUAACUAAGACAUGGCCUACUGGAUUAACCCACAAUUAAAGAAUGAAAGAAAAAAAAUAAAAUAAUUCUACCAAAGUACAAUUUAUUGGGUAAUAUUUGCUUCAAUUAAUCUUGAAAAUGCUGCUAACAUAUUUGAAAGCUAUUUCUUUUAGAAAGAGUUCAAUAUUUGGGUAUUGAAUUCUACUAUCAAAAAGCUCAAAGGUAGGAUAUUACCAAACACAUUUCUGCUUUACUUGUGUUACUAUUUAAAAUCCCUCACUGACUCUGAUAGUUUUAGCAAAAUUGUUUAAAAGAGUGAAUAUGAAGAAAAAUUUAGAAAAUUAAUGGUAAAUAUUUCUAAAUCUGUACCUUCUGAGAUAUAUGUAGAUUACUCUAAAAUUUAGUACUAUCUUUAAUUAUACAUUAAUGAAGAGUGUUAAAUGUUUAGAUUUUAAAUAUUAAGUGACUAGACAGUCAGCUUACUGACAUUAGAAAACAGAUUUUCUCAUGUUUAUAAAGUAUUUAUAAUAUUAGAAGAUCUCUUUACAAUUGUUUAGAGAUUUCCUAAGUUUUAUUAUGAAAAUACAUUUAUGGGUCUAAAAAGGAAUUUCUUUUUAAAUCGUGUUUUUUGGAUUAUUGUUAAAUGCUUUACAAUAGUUCCUAAGUAAGAGCUAUUAGAAAACUCUCAGAUCUAUAAAACUAUUUCUCUUUACUUAAAUCUGGCAAUUAGAUUUAAAAUGGAUUUUCUUGAGAAAGAAGAAACUUAGUCAGAAAAUUCUCACUAUUUUAAUUUCAUUCUAGAGAUAUUAGACCACAUGUAUUUUACUAAUAAAAAAAUUGUGCUUGAUUUUUGUUAAAAGAUAUUGAAUUAUUUUGAUUAAGAUUGCUAUAAUUAAAACAUUAUUUAAUUAGCUUAAUCUAGCCAAACUUUUUAAAACAUCACUCUUUAGCUUUUUACUAAUAUUUGGGAGUAAAUCUUCAAUUUUUGUUCUAGUAGCAAUGAAAAGGCAGAAGAGUUUAAAGAAAAAGAUAUUAGCUAAUCUAUUGAUUUUAUUUUAAAAUUCUCUAAGUGUUUAUAAGGUAACUUGUCAAUAAUUUAAGACCGUAUUAUGCUUGUUAUAAAAGCCCAUCCUAUUUAUAGUUCGAAUUCUCAAAUUAUUUAUUCCACUAUCAUAGAAAAUUUGGUAAUUAAAGAAAUAGAUGGAGUUAAGGUUCUUUAAAAUGUUUUUUUAAAAUCUAUAAUUAAAGACUUACAGAUUUGGGCUAAAUCUAUAUGUCCUUAGAGAUUACAAAGCUGA